AUGUACCCAGGUCGUGUGAUAGGCAAGCUGCUCUGCUCUGGGGAGAAGGAGGUCGAUCUGGCUGUGCAGAGUGCAAAGGCUGCCUUUAAAAUAUGGAGUCAGUUGUCUGGCAUGGAGCGGAGCAGGGUGCUGCUGGAGGCCGCCAGAAUUAUUCGGGAGCAGAGAGAAGAAAUUGCCACCUUGGAAACCAUCAACAAUGGGAAAUCCAUCUUUGAAGCCAGAGUAGACAUUGACAUAUCCUGGCAGUGCCUGGAGUAUUACGCAGGACUGGCAGGAUCUCUAGCUGGUGAACACAUCCAACUUCCCGGGGGAUCCUUUGGGUACACUCGGAGAGAGCCCCUUGGGGUGUGUGUUGGCAUCGGAGCCUGGAAUUACCCUUUCCAGAUUGCCUGCUGGAAGUCUGCCCCGGCCUUGGCGUGUGGCAAUGCGAUGGUCUUCAAGCCCUCUCCCUUCACCCCCAUUUCGGUGGUGAGGUUGGCAGAGAUCUUCACAGAGGCCGGUGUGCCCAAAGGGCUCUUCAAUGUGGUGCAGGGUGGAGCGGCCACAGGCCAGUUCCUCUGUCAUCACCCAGAUGUGGCCAAAAUCUCUUUCACUGGCAGUGUGCCAACUGGCAUCAAGAUCAUGGAGAUGGCAGCUAAAGGGAUCAAACCAGUCACCCUGGAGCUGGGGGGCAAGUCCCCCCUUAUCAUCUUUUCGGACUGUGCCUUGGAGAAUGCUGUGAAUGGAGCCCUCAUGGCCAACUUCCUUACGCAGGGCGAGGUGUGCUGCAACGGCACGCGGGUGUUUGUGGAGAGGAAGAUACUGGAUGUCUUCACAAAGGAGGUGGUGAAACGCACCCAGAAAAUUAAAAUUGGAGAUCCGCUUCUGGAAGACACGCGGAUGGGAGCCCUCAUCAACCGGCCCCACCUGGAUCGUGUCCAGGGCUUUAUCAAGCAGGCAAAGGAGCAGGGGGCAGAGGUGCUGUGUGGUGGGGACCUGUACGUGCCAGAUGACCCAAAGCUGAAGAACGGCUACUACAUGCGACCCUGCGUGUUAGGGAACUGCACAGAUGACAUGACGUGUGUUAAGGAAGAGAUCUUCGGGCCUGUCAUGUCCAUUCUGCCGUUUGACACAGAGGAGGAGGUUGUGGAGAGAGCCAACAACACUAAAUUUGGCCUGGCAGGUGGUGUCUUCACCAGGGAUAUCCAGAAGGCUCACAGGGUAGUGGCUGCUCUCAAGGCUGGGAUGUGCUUCAUUAACAACUACAACAUCAGCCCCGUAGAGCUGCCUUUUGGAGGAUACAAGGCAUCAGGAUUUGGCAGAGAGAACGGGCGGGCUGCCAUCGAGUACUACUCGCAGCUGAAGACUGUCUGCGUGGAGAUGGGUGAUGUGGAAUCUGUGUUUUAGUGGCUCUGGGGCCUGCUCAAGGGAGCAUCAGCCAGUUCUUGUCUGUCAGCCAGAGAUGUGGAUCAUUUACACAGCAAUAAAGUGCUCUAAAAUUGUAAGUGCCUGGGGAGGGAACGUAGCUGGAGCAGCAUUUACAUUCCCACCUGCAGGAGCAGGGUUGCUAUGUGCAGGGCUCAGCCUGUGGGCCUGCUC